CUCUUCCUCUUCAGCAGCCGGGUUGGGAUACCCAAGGAAAUUCUUACUGACCAAGGAACCCCCUUUAUGUCCAGAGUCACCAGGGAACUGUGUGCGCUUUUGCAUGUGAAGCAGGUGAGAACCUCAAUCUACCACCCCCAGACAGAUGGGCUAGUGGAGCGUUUUAACAAAACCCUCAAAGCCAUGCUGAGGAAGGCCAUCGACAAAGACGGAAGAAACUGGGACCAGCUGCUACCCUACCUUCUGUUCGCGAUAAGGGAAGUUCCUCAGGCUUCCACCGGUUUCUCACCCUUUGACCUGUUGUAUUCUCACAAACCCAGGGGCCUGCUAGACAUAGCCAAAGAGACUUGGGAGGAGCAGCCCUGUCCCCAUCGUACUAUGAUUGAGCACGUGGGGAUGAUGAAAGACAGGAUGGCAGCUGUUUUUCCCAUUGUGAAGGAGCACAUGGAGAAGGCCCAGAGGGAGCAGAGGGCAACGUACAACCGAGCAGCGCAACUAAGAGAAUUCAGCCCAGGAGACAGAGUCCUAGUUCUGGUGCCCACUGUGGAAUGCAAGUUCUUGGCUACUUGGCAGGGGCCAUAUGAGAGUGCCAGAAGAACCUGCCCGGGACCAAGUGCAGUUUGGCCCGGACCUGUCCCCUCACCAGCUGCAGCAGGCAAAGGAGCUGGUGGACGGUAACCAGGAUGUAUUUUCAUCCCUCCCAGGCUGCACCCACCUGGUUGAACAUGAAAUACGCACCCCGCCAGGAAAAACGGUCAACCAAAGGCCGUAUCGGGUGCCCGAGGCCCGU